AUGUCGCCACCACGUCGCUCCACUACACGAAAUAACAAAAGGGUUAUUCCUGAUUUUUUAAGACGAUUUGGUGGAUCAGGUGGAUCACAAAAUGCGGUACCAAAUGCUAGUAUUGUCCGUCGAAACGGAGCAGUUAAGGUUUUGGAGCGUGAACUAAUGUCAAACCAAUAUUUUGAGUUAAAGGAUGGUGAUUAUAUCCGAUUUCCUUCUUCAAAUGGUGGUUGGUAUAGUUAUUCCAUAGAGAUCGACUUAAAGCCGGAAGGGAGAUUUCAUAAUGAUUAUAGAAUUAAAGGUGUCCUGGGAACAGGCCACUUUGGGGAAGUAAAGUUGGCAACUCUUGCUAAUGCCGUUGUAGGUAAUGAGUCAAAGUUUCAAGAAUAUGCUGUGAAAAUUAUUGACAAAAAUACUGUGGCGAAAAAACCAAACGCGAAACUUCAUGAUGAAAUUAUUAUAAUGCAUAAGAUAGAACAUCCGUCUUUAGUUCGCAUUCGUAAUUUAUAUAAUGAAGAUGACAAAUUAUAUCUUGUUAUGGAUUACAUUAAAGAUGGUGAAUUUUUCGAAUUUAUAUCAAAAAAAAAGAAACUAUCUGAAUAUGAGGCUCGAAUCAUUUUUAAACAAUUGUUUGAAGCGAUGAAGUAUUUACAUGAUCAUCGUAUCGUUCAUCGAGAUCUUAAACCUGAAAAUAUUCUCAUGUCGAACAAGGCCAAUCUUGAAGUUAAGAUAACGGAUUUCGGUUUAUCUAAACUUCUUGGUCCUGAAUACUCUUUGAUGAAAACCAUGUGUGGAACACCUCUUUACAUUGCUCCCGAAGUCCUCGAUCGGUCACCUAGGCGUAGUUAUGGAAAAGCGGUUGACAUGUGGAGUCUUGGCGUAAUCCUGUACGUCUGCCUUUGUGGUUAUCCACCGUUCGCUAAAGACUUCGGACCACCAGCUUUCGAAGAACAAGUAAGGUUGGGAUUAUAUCGAUUCUAUCCCCCAGUAUGGAGCCACAUUAGUAAUGAGGCAAAAGACUUAAUAAGAGGUUUAUUGAAUGUUAACGUAAGAGAUAGAUUAACAGCUUCACAGGCUUUGGAACAUCCCUUUAUGCAGGUUCUGUCAUUACCUAAACACGUUUCUGCUGUUCCAGAUGUAGUUGAUGCACCAACUUUGACACGUGUGAAUAGCAACAUCCCACCAAGUGACGAAGUUAAAAUAAUUUUAGCUCAAAAACUUUCCGUCCUAUCUAAACGCGCCGAAUCUGGCGAUGAUGUUGAUGAUUCUAACGAUGUUGACGAAGUAUCAUUUGUUACUGCUGAUACAAUCGUAUCAUCCAAUUAUUUAUCCCGGUCGCCCGGCUCUCGGAUCCAAGAUCAAUCUAUUUACUAUUCGGCCAUUGAGUUUAAUCCUUCAAAUUUCGGUAGCCAUAGUAGUGGUGGUAGUUUUACGUUCUAG